AGCCAUGAGCAACGCUGGCCGCAGAGUCAAGCUCGAUCUUUUCGCGGAACCCUCUGGAGAUUUGGGUGGCUCCACAGUACAUGAUGAAGUUGGAGCAGAUGUGGAUUCAAAACAUAGUGCUGGGUUACCCAAGUCACCAUCAUCUUCAGGUGGGUUCCAUCAGUUUUCUUCAAAAGGACUAUGUAGAGAGGACAUUUGUGCUCAACAUUAUGUUGGUGGAAAUAUGGAACUAUAUUUACAAGACAUGUUUUGUUGUUUGCCCCAAGAAUUUGUUUUCCGACUGUAGGGUGGCUGUGGUCUUGAGAACCUUCAUUGUCUGAUCAGGCUGGGCCCUGCCACAGUGAAAUUAUGAAUCACUUCCAAUCGUUAUGUCCUUUUUGGCAGCAUCAAAGCUUUUUGGAGAUUUCAACAGGGAUAUUUAAUUAUCGGUCUGCAACCAGAAAAUCCUCUUCUCUUACUUGGCCAAUAUAGUGAUGAUGAACUGGAGGAGGACUCAAAUGAGAGACCUAAUAAUGGUGCCAUGGAAAAUUCCUCACCCGCAAAUGAUGAAAAUGUUAUGGGCCCCCCUGGUGAAGGUAGUCAACAUGUAGAUGUCAAUGUUGGAGAUGACCAUGCUACUUCUAAGGUCAAAGAACGGAAAGUAGAGAAACAUUCUGCUUCACCUGAUGUUAACCAGAAUCAUGAGGGUGGUGAUAAGGAAGAAACUGAUGCUACAACAUCAUGUGAUUUUCACAAAGAUUUGGAUUUCACAGAGCAAGCUGGAACAUCUUAUACACAUCCCCUUGGAGAUGUUAGUUCAGGUUGGCAGAUUGUGAUGCACGAAGAAAGUAACCAAUAUUAUUACUGGAACACUGAAACUGGAGAAACUUCGUGGGACAUUCCAGAAGUAUUGUCUCAGGUAACUGAAAUGGCCAGUGAACAGAAAACUCCUGCAGUUUCUGCAGGAAUGGAAAAAGCUUCUGUUGAUACAAAAAAUUCCAACUUGACUUUGAGUGUAAAAUUAGACAGUUCAGCAGCAAAAACAACGGAGGGGACUUCUAAUUUGAUGUAUGGACAUGAGUACCAACCCCCUCAGUGGAAUGCAGAAAAAACUGAAGUGGGUAAUGAUGUCAUCAAUUCCGGUGCUUCUGCCUUCGAUCCUCUUUCAGGGGAUGGGAGUUCAACAACAGCUGGUUCUGAGAAAUUUAUGAGUGAUACUCUAGGUUGUGAAGAAGAGACCGACCUUUCGUUGAACCUUGUGAAAUAUUGUGAGUUUUUGUUAGAGAGAUUGAAGUCUUUGAAAGGGUCGAAGGCCCGGCCAGAAAGUCUUGAUUGCAUCUCAAAGUACAUUUUAGAAGUUGAGAUUAGGCUUGCUGAUAUUAAGUCGCUUUUAUUGUUUGGAUCAUCAUUGCUGCCAUUUUGGGUGCAUUCUGAAAAGCAGCUUAAAAUUCUUGAGAGCUUAAUUAAAGAUGAAGCAAGCAAGAUUGCUAACGCUGCCCAAAUUGAUAAAGUCGAGGCGAAUGAUAUCUCUUUAUUCAGGGAAGAGGACAAAUUACAGCGAAGCUCUAGGCAUGAAUCUCAAGUAGAUGGAACUGGAAACAAUGUGUCUUUCUCUACCCUGGAAAAUUCUCAUGUUUCUACCACCAGCGCUGACAUAGUAACAGUAAUCCCAAAGGACCCAGAUGCUAAUGCUUCUUCUGCAAAUUGUGAGCUGGUUUCUUCAUUGGGAUCUCCUACUAAAAAUAUUGAAAGGUUUUCUAGUGAACAAGUCAGAGGGGAUGGUUGUCCUUAUGAGUCAAAGGCUGGGGAAGAUGUUGACAUGGAUGUGGACAUGGAAGUUGAAGAUGCAAAUUCUGCAGGUAAUGAAGCUAUUGGAGAUGUGUCUGGGGCCAAGGAGUUUUCUCAACCAAAGCAACCAAAUCACCCUAAUCCACCUGUAGCUAACACUUCCAUAGUGGUAGAUGAUGCAUUUCCUGCUCCGCCUCCCCAAGAUGAGGAGUGGAUUCCCCCUCCACCACCAGAUAAUGAACUGGUUCCUCCGCCUCCGCCUGAUGACCCACCUGAACCUUUGUAUCAUCUGUCCCAAUCAUAUCCUGCGACUGGACAACCUUCAUAUGCAGAACAAUACAAUAUGUCAUAUCCAAAUACUGGUUAUGAAUAUUAUGGUCAUUCUGUUGUUGAAUUACCAAGUGGUAGCUUUUAUGGACAUGCUGAUGGAAGUCAGGUUGCAAUUCCCCAGGCACCAAUAUACUAUGGUGCUGUUCCUAAUACCUACACUGAAACUGCUCAGGUUAUUGUUAACCCUGCUGAUCCAGUUCCUUAUUAUGAGAUGCAAGAUGGAACUCUACCCCCUGCUCCCGUAGUUAGUUGUGUAGAGGCCCCUCGGUUUCACACUGAAGCUGCUCCAGUUAGCAGUGGAUUUGUUGUCUCCUUUGUUGAAGCAGGCCAAAAUUCUUUGUCAACUACAAGUGGUGAUAAUUCUACUGUUGGUGGUGACACUGAGAGGGCAACCAUGGAUGUCCUUUCCAGCACAGCCACCAUCCAAGCAUCUGCAACGGUUUCAACAAAAGAGGCUGUUCCAGUGCUACAAAAUAAUGCUGGCUCUUCUGCUGCAACUGUUGCCGGAACAUCUGCAGUUACCAAGGUUCAGUCUAAAGUUACACGUAAUAAAAAGCGGACAGUUGCAGUUGCUCCAUCAUUGAGAUCUAAUAAGAAAGUCUCCAGUUUGGUAGACAAGUGGAAGGCAGCAAAAGAGGAGUUGCUUGAGGAUGAGAAGGAACCAGAAAAUGCUUACGAGAUGCUAGAGAGGAAGCGACAAAGGGAAAUAGAGGAAUGGCAUGCACAACAAAUUGCUAGUGGAGAGGCCAAAGAUAAUGCUAAUUUUCAACCACUGGGCGGUGAUUGGCGAGAGCGAGUGAAACGCAGAAGAGCUCAGUUAGCCAGUGAAACUGCACAGACCCAAACUGAGGCACCUAAUGAUGAAAACCAGCAACCUGAUUUAACUGAAAUUUCAAAAGAUCUCCCAUCUGGAUGGCAGGCUUUCUGGGAUGAAUCUUCAAAGCAAGUAUACUAUGGAAAUGUGCUUACUUCGGAAACAACAUGGACAAGACCAUCAAAAUGAGCCAUUUUCCAAUUUUGGAAGAUCUAAUGGGAAACGUUUUUUUGUUUAUUAGCAUGUAGUAACAGCUUAUGUAAAAGAAGCUCAUACAAGAUACAGAACUGGCCUGGCCGUUUGUCAUCUAAAUAUCCAAUUAGAUACUUAAAAAGCCUAGAAGUAGAUCAUCCAACUUGUUUUGAGCUGAAUCCUAUUGUAUCUUUCAUUUUAUUGCCUUGCCAAAAAAAAAAAAAAAAAAAAAAAAAAGAGAAAUGAGAUACGCAGCUUUUUCCUUGUCCAUCUCUUUCUGGUCUAGGAAAAGAAAUGAAACCUUGUGUCGUUAUGACUCAAUAAAAUCCUUCAAGACAUGCCAUUUGUUUUGGUACGCCAUAAAAAAGUAUCAAAACGAGUCUCUGCAUUGUGGUUUUAA